AUGGCGACUACCGGGGCGAAGUCGACCUUCGCGCCGUACCUGGCGUACAAAAGGAUGCAACGAAUGCCACGAGACAUGCCAGAAUUCGAAUAUGAUGACGAAGGCUGCCCGAUCGUUCAUCACGGCGAGCUCUUCUGUCGUAUGCCAAUGAGAAAUGGUGCAUUGUGCGGCAAACGUCACGAGAGAGCCGACCAUCUCAUACAACACCUCCGUGCCAAGAUCCACAGUGCUCCUGCAUCGAAGCUUUUCCAUCGCAAGAGGAAUCUGGGAAGAGAUGCGGCUCAAGACUGGUAUCAAUUCCUGAGCCACCGCGGCAUUACGACAGGCCCCGAUUCGUGCGGUGACAGCGAUACUACAGAAGGUGACGUUGCCUCGGAGACCGGUGACGCUCCGAACGACCGCGACAACGUGCAAGACGACGAUGGCAUGAAGGAUGGCGAUGCGAUGGAAGACAUCAGGGUCGCAAGAGAUGGUGGCAUUACCAGUGCCGAUCAUUUCGGCUCAGUGGAAGGGACAUCGCCAACUUGUACCAAUACUCGUGACCGGCGUCACCUGAGCUUGUCGAGAGAUGCAUUGAAAGAACGGCGUGCAAUGGACAAACCCAGCGCGAAAGUGGACUGCCACUCCCUCGACGACGACACCGUGGCCCAACAUACCGACAUCACACACAAUCAAGGUGUAGGCAAUAAUGAAGCCGCACCACAAGACAGGAACGACGCCUCUGCAAAUGACAGCAGCACAGAGGACAGGGGUAUAUUGGCAAAGCUCAAAACAAGCACAGGAACCGCACCAAGACCUGGUCCAAGUCGCACAUGGUUCAAGCGACUCACGGCCGAGAUGGUCGCCAAGACUGAAGCUGCUGCUCUUGGUCCUCAGGACUGCCAUGGGCUCGACUGUCAUUCUCCAUCUAUCCCGUCGACGCCUCUGCGCAAAAUUGCGGCUCCAGCUACGCCCAUCUCAGCUGGACUGAAGAAAGGCGACAACACGGAGGCCCACCUGGCUUCGCGGCACAAGAAAACUUCUCCAGCCCCGUCUGAACCGCCCGGCUGCACAGCACCUUCCUCAAGCCUUAUCACUCCGCCCUCCGAAAGACGUAGAAUCGAUACCGCUACUGAUGGAAUCACAGUCGCACGAAGCGACGGCCAAUGCACUGAGCGACGACCGACUGCGAAGCGCGUUGUGCCAGACGAAGAACACCCGACGCUAGAAUCCCCUGAAGAGGAGCGUCUGAAGGUCCACAUUUGCCAGACUCGAGUGGCCAAAUGGGAAGCCGAGGAGGCCAAAUGGGCGGCCCAGGAGGCAAAAUAUGCGGCUCAGGAGGCCAAACAUGCGGCACAUGAGGAUAUGCUGAAUGCUCAGCUGCGAGUGGCGCAGGCUGCACGAAGAGAUGGAUAUCAGUCUGCAAAGCGAAGAUGCAUGGAGUCCACUGAUUAUCGCCGCCCGCUAUCCAGCAGAAGACCGGCUCCGACUUCACACAUUCCGGGCUCGACGCCGACCAAGAGACAAUUGCCUCCGCUUAUGAAGGAUGGAUCGAGCCUCGAGACUGCUCGGCGGAGGUCCAGAGAGUUUCCACAACAUGCGAGGCAAGAGGGCAAGCAGAAACAAGUAGUUCCCAACGACAAAGACACGCUCGAAUGCCACCUCGACCGUCAUGUCGCCUCCAUCGAUGGCGCCGCUACAAGAUUCCACGAAGACGAAGGUCCAAUGGAUAUCGACCCCGAGUUCAUCGACGACUCCUCUGUGACCAAGGAUACGAACAUGCUAGAGCCGCACGAGCAGCAUUCCACCUCGCCCAUCUCGCCCAUCUCGCCGAACUUCCUGAUAGGGCCCAUUGCCUUCUCUCGCUCUGAGGAAUCUGCCUAUCACGAACAAUGGUUCACGAGCACCUCGAGACCGAAUCUUGCAGAGGACGACACUUCUGUCGACCCUCUCGCGGCACGUGGCUUGCAAGAUCGGGCCACAGAUGGCCAGAACUCCACUGACGAGCACUCCCUGCUCGAUGGACGGCACAGGCACGACUCUCUUUUCAACGAAGACUCCCACACCGUGGGCGAUGUGGGAUCAGCCAUCAGAUCGUUCCAGCUGCUGGGUAUCGAGGACACCGACCACGACCCACGCCGGCAGCUCGAGCUCAAGCGACUCGAGGUUGCAAUGUUUAAAGAUCGGCACUCACAUCAGCCAUCGCCAGAACAACACCGAGCUAUCCAUUUCGAAACCACUCGAAGUCUCGCAAUGCCGAGUAAUCACCCGCAGAUCUGGCGAAAAACGUUGCUACCGCACGGCGACCACUUGACCUCACGAUCAUCGCAUUCCAACACUGCGCCGGAAGAUCACUUGAACCUCGACGGUGGCCGCAGCCGGCACUUCACGAUACAGAACAGCCUACACUUCGCGACAGAAUACGAUCGAACACGAUAUCCAAACAAAACACCGAACACGAUUAGCAAGAUGUCUGGAAAGCAGCUCAAGGAUUGUGCCGCCUAUGACAGAUACUGCGAGUACAUCAGCAAUGGCACUGCCAUCAUAGGCUUCGAAAAGAUGCCAACUGGAAGAGACGGCAAGUCUAUCAGUAGCGCCGAUAUCAUGCUGGGCGAGAAGAUGUGCCGAUUGAAGGCGAUGCAGAAGGACGCUGCUCCUGAGCAGAACUCGGAGCCCGAGCUCUGGUGCCGCAGGAUCUACGAGACUACUGGCGCCUUGCGCAAUCACUACAAGCUGGCUGAGGCCGGGGCGCCCGCGGAAGAUGAAGUCGAAAAUGCACAUGUCGCUGAAGUCGGCAUUACCGCGCGAGGACGGCCACGUGCUUCGAAUCCCUCUCCUCCCACGCGGGCUACUCGUCCUGUCACCCGUGAUGCAUCAGUCGACCCUCUCUCCGCGUCCGCUCCACCAGUGUCACACUCCACACGCCGACUCGCUGUCACAAGACUCCGUGGUCCACGCCGCAGCAAGCGCAGUGCGCGCGCCGCAUUCAGAGAAGAGCGAAGCCAAAUCACAACCUCAGUCGAGCAGACAGACACCGAAGCCACCGACAACUAUCCGGCUUCAGUCAAGCAUGACAUGGUGGACGACGACGACACUUUCGCUAAACAACUACAUGUGGAAGGCCUCGAGGUUGAAUUAUUGGAAGCGAGGCUCCGACUAGCAAAGACGAAGAGGGAUAUGGCGAUGCGCAAGCGAGAGAAGCGAGGUCAAGGAAGAUCGCCGGACUCGUCAGGGGUAUUCGGUUGA